AUGGCUCACCACGAAGACAUCAGCUCUGAUCCUACCCACGACCGCUUCAAUGUUGCCGAGGAGAAGCGUCAAGCAAGAGUUGCAGAGCUCACCGACAAUGUUACUGGAGAGAUUCGCAACCCUCUUGUUGGUGUAUCUCGCGAGACUUUGAUGCGCUCUGCAGAGAAGUUCGCUGCCGACCAUGACCUCAACGACAUCCUGCCUCUUCUGAAGAAGGGCGCCCUUGCUGCUCAGAACCCUGCCGAAGUCCACACCAUGGACGACUUUACCGAUGAGGAGAAGGAGACCUUCCGCGAGGAGAUCACUCACAAGUGGCGCCAACCCAAGAUUCUCUACAUCACCAUCAUUCUGAAUUCUGUUGCUGCUGCCAUUCAAGGUUGGGAUCAGACCGGAUCCAACGGUGCCAACUUGUCCUUCCCUCAAGCCUUUGGCAUUCCCGAGAGCGGACCCGUCUGCGAAGCCGCCGGUAACUGCGCCGCCAACCAAUGGCUUGUUGGUUUCAUCAACUCCUGCCCUUACCUCGCCAUCUUCUUGUUCGCCGGCUGGAUCUCCGACCCUCUCAAUCACUGGCUCGGUCGCCGUGGUGUCAUCUUCAUCGCCGCCGUCUUCUCUCUUCUCGCUCCCAUCGGCAUGGCCGUUACACAGAACUGGCAACAGCUCAUCGUCACUCGUAUCCUUCUUGGUAUUGGUAUGGGUUUGAAGGAAGUCACCGUCCCAGUCUUCUCCGCAGAGGUUGCUCCUACCAAGAUUAGAGGUGGUUUGGUCAUGUCAUGGCAGAUUUGGACUGCUUUCGGUAUCCUUCUCGGAACAUCUGCCAACCUUGCUGUCAAGGACGUCGGUGAUAUCGCAUGGCGUCUUCAGCUUGGUUCAGCCUUCAUUCCUGCCGUUCCCCUUGUUCUUGGUAUCUUCUUCGUUCCCGAAUCGCCCAGAUGGCUGAUGUCCAAGAAGAAGUACGGCAAGGCUUACAAGUCUCUGCUUCGUUUCCGUGGAAAGCCUAUCCUCGCUGCAAGAGAGUUGAUCUACAUCUACGCUCAAAUGGAACAGGAAGUCAUGCUCAUUGAGCAGUCUGGUCUUCCCGCCAAUGCCGGUUUCUUCACCCGCUUCAUCGAGCUCUUCACCAUCCCUCGUCUGCGUCGUGCUGUCCAGGCUUCCGGUAUUGUUAUGAUCGGUCAGCAGAUGUGCGGUAUCAACAUCAUCGCCUUCUACUCUUCAACCAUCUUCGCACAAGCUGGCGCAACUGUUACCGGUGCUCUUCUCGCAUCCUGGGGCUUCGGUAUUAUCAACUUCAUCUUCGCCUGGCCUGCCGUCUGGACCAUCGAUACCUACGGUCGUCGCGCCCUCCUCCUCUUCACCUUCCCCAACAUGUGCUGGACGCUGUUGGCAGCUGGACUCUGCUUCUUGAUCCCCACAUCUUCCGCCGCCCACCUUGGUCUGAUUGCGCUCUUUAUCUACUUGUUCGAUGCCUUCUACUCUCCUGGUGAGGGUCCUGUACCAUUCACCUACUCUGCAGAAGUCUUCCCUCUGUCGCACCGUGAGGUUGGUAUGUCUUGGGCUGUUGCCACCAACAACUUCUGGGCCACCGUCGUCUCUCUCACCUUCCCUCGUCAGCUUCGCGCUUUUGGGACCACUGGCGCAUUCGGCUUCUACGCUGCCAUGAACGCAGUCGCUUGCGCAAUGAUCUUCCUCUGGUUACCUGAGACCAAGCAGCGCUCCCUGGAAGAGCUGGACUACGUUUUCGCUGUCCCUACCCGCACCCACAUGAGCUACCAGAUGUUCAAGGUCUUGCCGUACUGGUUCAAGACCACUAUUCUUCGCAAGAAGGGUCUUCCAGAGCCCAAGUUGUACCACUUCCACAGUGACUCGCCCAUGCUUGAGCUGGAGAACAUGAAGGCAUAA